GUGGAGUUCCUGAGGCGGACUUCGUCUCGGGCUCGGUCCUGCAGCGCCUCUAGGCUGCAGAUCCAGCUCCUACCACCUGCGCUUGGCUCCACGUCCCGCGAAGCUGGGAGGAGAGAGGAGAGAGGGAGGAGGCGAAGGGAGGAGGCAAGCGGCAGCUUACACACGCCUUCCAGUCCCUCCACUCAGAGCAGCCCAGAGACCGCUGCUGGCGCCGCUGCUAUCGCUGCCACCGCCGCCACCGCCGCUACCACCUGAGGAGACCGCCUGGACCUGUCGCCCCACUGUUGCCCCUCCCGGCAAUUCUUUCCUAGCACCAGGCUUUUUAUGCGCACUGCCACUACCAUUAUUAUUAUUAUUCCAAGAGAAGGAAAAUAACAGACCAGCUAAAAAGAACCACGUAUACCUUUCCGAAUUACUCAAGUGUCUCCCGGGAAGAGAGGGUCGCCGGUCCCGGGAGGAGCAGCCGAAGGGGCCAAGGGCGGGUGUUGACGGGGAGACAGGAGGAGUUGGGGCACUGCGUGGUGGAAAGUUGCGAGCAGCUGACACCCGAAGGUGCAGCGCCACAGCCCAGGGGGCGGUGUGUCUGGGACAAGCCGCUGCCCGCUGCGUCCGGACCCGCGAGCGCGCGGGCAGCGCGGAGCCGGGGAGGACGCCCCCUCCUGCGGCGCGGACUCUGUCGGUGGUCCCCGAGGAGGAGGAGGAAUAUGGCAUCGAAGGCGGCCUCCUCCUGCCGUCUGGUCUUCUGCCUCUUGAUCUCCGCUGCUGUCCUUCGGCCAGGUCUCGGAUGGUAUACUGUAAACUCAGCAUAUGGAGAUACCAUUGUCAUGCCUUGCCGACUCAGUGUACCUCAGAAUCUCAUGUUUGGCAAAUGGAAAUAUGAAAAGCCUGAUGGCUCCCCAGUAUUUAUUGCCUUCAGGUCCUCUACAAAGAAAAGUGUGCAGUACGACGAUGUACCAGAAUACAAAGACAGACUGAACCUCUCAGAAAACUACACUCUCUCUAUCAGUAACGCAAAGAUCAGUGAUGAAAAGAGAUUUGUGUGCAUGCUCGUAACUGAGGACAACGUGUUUGAGGCACCUACAGUAGUCAAGGUGUUCAAGCAACCAUCUAAACCCGAAAUUGUAAGCAAAGCCCCAUUUCUUGAAACAGAGCAGCUUAAAAAGUUGGGUGAGUGCAUUUCAAAAGACAGUUAUCCGGAUGGCAACAUCACGUGGUACAGGAAUGGAAAAGUUCUGCAACCCCUUGAAGGAGCGGUGGUCAUAAUUUUUAAAAAGCAAAUGGACCCAGUGACUCAGCUCUAUAUCAUGACUUCAUCCCUGGAGUACAAGACAACCAAGGCUGACAUUCAAAUGCCAUUCACCUGCUCUGUGACAUAUUAUGGACCAUCUGGCCAGAAAACAGUUUACUCUGAACAAGCAGUCUUUGAUAUUUACUAUCCUACAGAGCAGGUGACAAUACAAGUGCUUCCAUCAAAAAAUGCCAUCAAAGAAGGGGACAACAUCACUCUUAAAUGCUUGGGAAAUGGUAACCCUCCUCCUGAGGAGUUUUUGUUUUACUUACCAGGACAGCCCGAAGGAAUACGAAGUUCAAAUACUUACACAUUGGCAGAUGUGAGGCGCAAUGCAACAGGAGACUAUAAAUGCUCCCUGAUAGACAAAAAAAGCAUGAUUGCUUCAACAGCCAUCACAGUUCACUAUUUGGAUUUGUCCUUAAACCCAAGUGGGGAAGUGACCAAGCAGAUUGGCGACGCUCUGCCUGUGUCAUGCACAAUAUCUGCUAGUAGGAACGCAACUGUGGUAUGGAUGAAAGAUAACAUCAGGCUUCGAUCUAGCCCAUCAUUUUCUAGUCUCCAUUAUCAAGAUGCUGGAAACUAUGUCUGUGAGACUGCUCUGCAAGAGGUUGAAGGACUAAAGAAAAGAGAGUCAUUGACUCUGAUUGUAGAAGGAAAACCUCAAAUCAAAAUGACAAAGAAAACUGAUCCCAGUGGACUGUCUAAAACAAUAAUCUGCCAUGUGGAAGGUUUUCCGAAGCCAGCUAUACAGUGGACAAUUACUGGCAGUGGAAGCGUCAUAAACCAAGCAAAGGAAUCUCCUUAUAUCAAUGGCAGGUAUUAUAGUAAAAUUAUCAUUUCCCCUGAAGAGAAUGUUACAUUAACUUGCACAGCAGAAAACCAGCUGGAGAGAACAGUAAACUCCUUGAAUGUCUCUGCUAUAAGUAUUCCAGAACACGAUGAGGCAGACGAGAUAAGUGAUGAAAACAAAGAAAAGGUGAAUGACCAGGCAAAACUAAUUGUGGGAAUCGUUGUUGGUCUCCUCCUCGCUGCCCUAGUUGCUGGUGUCGUCUAUUGGCUGUACAUGAAGAAAUCAAAGACUGCAUCAAAACAUGUAAACAAGGAUCUUGGUAAUCUGGAAGAAAACAAAAAGUUAGAAGAAAACAAUCACAAAACAGAAGCCUAAGAGAGAAACUGUUCCACUUGUUGUCCAG